AUAAAAGCUGUAGCGUGAUUUUUUUAGUUAUUGUGUUGUAAAAAUGGGGUGGUCUGGUCGAUUAGUGCAACUGUUUCUCUUGUUCUUAAUUCAGAUUCAUAUCCAUGAAUCGAGAACAAUACAAAAACAGAACACGGUAAUACGACUAAAAAUUCCAAUGCAAUCAAUGUUUGAACACGAAUUCGAUAAUUUGAUACCGUUGUCCAAAACCAAUGACAAGGUGCCCGGAGCAGUGAUGCUGUCUUUACCUUCCAAAAAAAAAAUCAUGAUCGACUUGUCAGGGAAGAGAACUAUGUGCCCAAUACGGCCCAAACUACGUCGGACAAUCAAUAUCAUCAUGAAUUUGACCAGCGAACAGAAUUCUAAAGCUAAUCCUGAUGGGAAAAUAUCAACAGAUUCUAAGUCUGUUAUAGAAAACGGUAUAAACGGACCGAAGAUAAACGAUCAAUCCGUUUCGAAAUCUCCUAAUUCCAAUUCUGUUGUUGAUGUUGCAUUAUUUAUGGACGAGGCAAAAGCUAAUGACCCUAUCGUUUCUUCGGUAAAAACAGAUACUAGUAUCAAUAAUGAACCAGACACAGCUUCAAAGGGCCAAGAUACUAAUUCUGAUCCAUCAAUAUCUCCAACCGCGAGCGACGUGACCGAUCUCAAUGCCAACGGAGGAAAAAAUGAUGUAUCAAAGCAAACGGAUGCGUCAAAACAGGGCGAUGCAUCAAAACAACCUGAUGGAUUAGAAAAGGCUGAUGCGUCAAAGGAGGGUGAUGUCUCCAAACAGGCUGAUUCGCCAAAACAGACUGAUGCAUCAAAACAGGCCGAUGCAUCAACACAACCUGAUAGAUUAGAAAAGGCUGAUGCAUCAAAGGAGGGUGAUGUCUCCAAACAGGCUGAUUCGUCAAAACAGACUGAUGCAUCAAAACAGGCCGAUACAUCAACACAACCUGAUGGAUUAGAAAAGGCAGAUGCAUCAAAAGAGGGUGAUGUCUCCAAACAGGCUGAUCCGUCUAAACAGGCCGAUGCAUCAACACAACCUGAUGAAUUAGAAAAGGCCGAUGCGUCAAAAGGGGGUGAUAUCUCGAAACAGGCUGAACCAUCAAACAAAGCUGAUGCAUCAAAGCAAACUGAUGGAUUAGAAAAGGCUGAUACGUCAAAAGACGGUGUUGUCUCUGAACAGGCCGAUCCGUCAAAACAGGUUGAUUCAUCAAAACAAAUUGAUGGAUUAGAAAAGGCAGAUGCGUCAAAAGAGGGUGAUAUCUCGAAACAGGCUGAACCGUCAAACCAAGCUGAUGCAUCAAAACAGCCUGACGCAUCGAAACAGGCAGCUUCAGAAAACCCCGGCGCACCAAAAGAUUCCACUAUUUCAUCCAGUGAAAAACCUAAUGAAUCAGCUUCAAUAGUCAGUCCUGCAGAUACGCCGGAGAAUCCUCCAGUAGCCCAAUCUACUCCGGACGCGUCUGGUUCUCCUACGAAUUCAAACCCUGACUCUGGCUCUUCUCCAGCACCUGAAACACCAAAAUCUCCGAAUGGUUCGAACGAGGCCACUGCAGACGCCGCAGCAUCAGGUCUUGCGGUAAACGGCAAAACAAACAACGGAGGAGAUUCCAUAAACUUGACUCAGGCAACAGCAAACAGUGACGUUUCUACGAGUAAUACUACCACCUAACGAGGUUUUAAAAAAAUCGCCUGAAUUUUAAGGUCCCAUUUUUAAAACAAUUUUUCUUUUGACUUCUAAGUAUUUUUAGAGAAUAUACAUAAAAAUUUUAUAAAAGGGUGUUGUAUUGGAAGUGCUCCCGAAGCUAAAAGUGUGAUUUUGCCUACCUAUCUAUCGAUCACUAUCCUAUCGCUAGCAUCGAGGUGCUGUUCUUUAGCAUGACUGGUGAGUUAGCACACGAGACUCAACCCGAAAAAUUUGCCCUAGCAAGAGCAAUGCUUUGUUGUAUCUACCACCAGAUAGGAAUCGCGAUUCACUGAGAAGAUCCGACGUGAAACUCAGUGAAUUAGGUUAGGUGAGCUGGAUAUUGUGAAAAUAUUAGUUUAUUAAAGAUUACAUAAAAAUAAAUACUUCUUAUUUUGAUCUAAUAAUUAUUGGUGAGCCCACGAAGGCAGUUUCC